AUGAAUCCUCCGCUGAUUGAGACUGCGACACCAGAUGAGUUGGCACCAUGGCGACCUACCCGCCACAAAAUCGGAAAACCUUACGUAACCGAGUAUCUAAAGCACUACCCCAUGUCAGAGCCGGCCAAAGACUUUGAUGAUCGGAAUGCACUUUACUGCAUCGUCAAGGAGGAGAUGAGGGCUCUUGUGGACAAGGUCGUUGGAUAG